UGAGGACGACGCGGUUAGAGUGUGAUGGGUUUUGUUUUUUUAUUUUUGCUGAACUAUUCUUGUUCUUGACCUCCAGAAAAAAGCAAAUUUUGACAAACAGAGCACACCGCAAGGCGCAGGUCGAUGCCCUCUUUCUAUUCUUCUGAAUUGUUACAAACUUGAUUCAGGAGUUGUUCUCGCUUCUAACUCAGACAAUGUUAAAAUUUCCAAUUUCAUAGCUGAAAGGGGAAUGAGGAUCGACAGAGAUGCAUCGUCGUCUACUCUGCUCUUAUUGCUCCUAUGCUUUGUUUUCAUGAUCAUAUCUCAUAAUGUUCCCAGUUCUACUGCCGCUGCAAAUCCCCUUCUUUUUAAUUGCACGUCUAAAGAAGAAUACACACCCAACAGCGCAUUCGAAUCUAACCUGAAGCUCCUUCUCUCGUCAAUUUCCUCUAACACUACCGCUCUCUCGAAAGGUUUCUACGAUUAUUCAGUAGGCACUGAUGACACCAACCAAGUCUAUGGCCUUGCCCUCUGUAGAGGCAAUAUCAGCCUUGAUAUUUGUUAUACUUGUCUUGAGAAAGCAACAAAAGAUAUCCUCUAUUUUUGUCCUAACAAACGAGAUGCCAUCAUCUGGUAUGAGUAUUGUCAGUUACGAUAUUCUUACUACAUGUUCUUCUCCCAGAUGGUUUAUUCUGCAGAUCAGUUACCUCCCCGGAAUGUUUGUCAGCACAAUGUGUUCAAUCCAACUAACUUUUACCUGAUUGAGUAUAUGUUAAUGGUAAACAUUAUCGAUGAGGCUGCAUCAAGUUCUGAACGUAAGUUUGCCACUGGAGAGACUACUAUCAAUGGAACUGGAAACGUAUUUGGUCUUGCUGAGUGUUCUCCUUAUAUAUCUCAUAAUCACUGCAGUAUUUGCCUUUUCAAUGCCAUGGAUGAUAUUUCGAAAUGUUCUUCCCAUCAAGGAGGAAUGGUUCUCGGUAGGAGCUGCAAUUUGAUGCUCCAAGUUUCACCUUUUAAAGGAAGGAUAGAUAAACAUAUCUAUUUUGUAAUACCGGCGGCGGUACUACUGGUUCUUCUUCUUGCCGGAAAUUAUGGCUUCUAUCUGUGGAGAAGAAAGAAAAGGAAGGAAAGACAAGAAGAUGAGGAGGUCAGGAGGAAUAUGCUCCAAGGAGAUGAAGUACUAGAUGAUUUUUCAGAGUUGCCCUUCAUCAAUUUUGACACUGUAAAAGUUGCUACAGGUAACUUCUCGGAUUCAAAUAAACUUGGAGAAGGUGGAUUUGGCACUGUUUACAAGGGCACAUUACAAGAUGGAAAGGAAAUAGCUGUCAAAAGGCUUUCAAGGAGAUCACGCCAAGGUUUAGAAGAGUUCAAGAAUGAAGUUAUACUAAUUGCAAAACUUCAGCACCGAAACCUUGUGAGGCUUUUAGGUUGUGGCAUAGAAGGAGAAGAAAAGCUGCUCAUCUACGAGUUCAUGUCUAGUGGCAGUCUUGAUUUUUUAAUCUUUGAUCCCAUAAAGCGCUCCCAACUCCAUUGGGCAACACGAUAUCAGAUUAUUGAUGGAAUUGGCCGUGGACUUCUUUAUCUCCAUGAAGGCUCUCGACUCAAGAUCAUUCACCGGGAUAUCAAAACUAGCAAUGUUUUGUUGGACGAAGAGAUGACUGCAAAGAUUUCAGACUUCGGCAUGGCAAGGAUCUUUUGUGAAGAUCAAAACAAUGCCAAUACUAAACGAGUUGUGGGGACCUAUGGAUAUAUGUCCCCAGAAUAUGCAAUGCAGGGGACAUUUUCAAUGAAGUCUGAUAUUUUCAGCUUUGGUGUUAUCUUGCUUGAGAUCAUAAGUGGGAAGAGAAACAACAGCUACCUUAUGGAGUAUGGCCAAACCCUCUUGGCACAUGUAUGGAGCCUAUGGAAUGAAGGCAAAGCCUUGGAUUUUGUCGACCCAUGGUUGAUUAGCUCAUCCUCAAGAACAGAGAUAUUAAGAUGCAUGCAUAUUGGGCUUUUAUGUGUUCAAAGAGAAGCAGCUGACAGACCAACCAUGUCAAAUGUCAUAGUUAUGCUCAGAUGCGAUUCUAGAGAUCUUCCUCAACCUAAAGAACCUGCGUUCACUUUGGGAAGAGUCUUGGUCAAAACUGAUCAAUCUACCACCGUCAUUUGUUCUGUAAAUGAAGCUACUAUUUCUAAUGACAUGCCUCGUUGAGAGUCCGGGAGUCGUCUCUGUCUCUACUUCUCAACAGUGAAGGUUGUUGUAUAUAUGUAGAUUAGAAGUGAGCUUUUCUAAAUUUUCCAAGCUUCCAGGCAAGGUCAGCAGAUAGAACAUCUACUAUUCCUCAGC